GGAUGGCAAACCAUCCAUAUAUAUAUAUAUAUAUCUUCUUCUUCUUCUUCUUAGUUUUAUGGCGGUUAUGCACACGUGUUUACGGAGGACCGUAAUAAUGGAUGCACCGUUCAGGGCGGCGGGUCGACCGCAUAAUCGAUCGAUCGACGCAAUCUGUUAUCUGUAGUUCGCCUGUGUGAUGCUAACACGAGAAGUUAUUGCCAUGUAGCAUUGUGCUAGCUAGUGAGUUACGUCUAAACACGCUUUUGCGGUGUGAACUCUAUUUUUAAAAUGUUGAGUUCUACAUGGAAUUUCAUCAAACGCCAUAAGAGGAAAUUCAUCUUCGCUGGGGUUUUUGUUGGAGGUGUCUAUCUACUUGGUAAAUAUGCACAAAGAAAAAUUCAGGAGAUGCAGGAGCGAGAGGCAGCCGAAUACAUCACUCAAGCUCGGAGACAGUUUCAUUUUGAAAGCAACCAGAGGACAUGUAACAUGACAGUGUUAUCAAUGCUCCCCACUCUCCGAGAGGCAAUCAUACAUCACCUGAACUCAGAGAGCAUCACUGCUUUGCUGAAAACUAAGCCAGCUAAUAAACUUGAAAUCUGGGAGGAUCUAAAGAUUAUUAGUUUUACCCGCAGCAUUGUGGCAGUUUACAGCACUUGCAUGCUUGUGGUGUUACUCAGAGUUCAGCUCAACAUAAUUGGUGGCUACUUGUACCUGGACAACUCCGUGACAAAGAAUGGAACGACCCCCUUGGCCCCUUCUGAUGUCCAACAACAAUAUCUGUCAAGUAUCCAACACCUACUUGGAGAAGGGCUCAUUGAACUGAUAACUGUGGUGAAGAAAGCUGUCCAGGAAGUUCUUGGACCGGUGUCUCUGAAGCAGAGUUUGUCUCUACAAGAGUUGGAGCAACAGUUAACUCAGAUCAGACAGUUAGUGGAGGAGGGCUGUGCUUCCUCUAAACACAAAAGUCUUUCUUGGUACAUGAUGCCUGAUGAAGAGAACACACUAGCCUCACAGGCUUGUGGUCUCACAGAGAAUGAUGUCACAACAAUAAAGCUGCUAAAUGAAACCAGAGAUAUGCUUGAAAGUCCAGACUUCACUACUGUACUCCGUACUUGCUUGAGCCGAGGCUUUAUCCGAUUCCUAGACAACAUGUCAGAGUUUUUCCGACCCCCGCAGGGAGACUCCAACCCCUCCAGCACACCUGACCGGUCAGUAUUAUCACAUGUAAGCCUCCCACUAGCUAAAAUCAUUCCCAUCAUCAACGGACAGAUACAUUCAAUAUGCAGCGAAAUACCCAGUCACUUUGUCCAGGAUCUCUUAUUGAUAGACCAGGUGAAAGAGUUUGCCGCCAACGUGUACGAAACGUUCAGCACGCCUCAGGAACUUCAGAAGUGAGCACAGGACUGAGCUAGAUGUGAACUUGUGAAAGCCGAACUCCUCACAAAUCUACUUUAAAGAAACUCUCAUGCCGUACAGCACAGAAUUGUUCUCCUCGCACACCCUAAAAUCAACCCGGGGGAAACUGUUCUGAGAGACGAGUGUGUAAUGGAGUUCAGAUCCUCUGUUGUUAGCAGGCGUUCAGUAUGAGCUAUCUUCUCAUGAUCUGCUAGCUGUCCUGUCUGUAUGUUGUGACCCCCUAACCUUGUCCCAGCCAGGCAUGCCAAGGUUUUUACACGCUAUUAUAAACUAGUACAUUUAAUUUAUUUUUUUUAAUCCCUGUAGCAUAACAAUCUCAUUAUAUAGCUGUCACGACAUGGCUAGCAUAAAAGAUCAUAUAUAUGAAUGAUUCACAUCUGCAUUAAAAGGGUGAAUUGCAGAAAGGAUAUCUCUGAAUCUGAUGUUGCAGCUGCUGGAUGCUCUCCAGGACCAAAACACAGUCAUGCUCACCUCUGCAACAGUAACAAUGCAUGAUGUUUGCACUGCUACUGGUAUAAAAAAAAAUGCAUAUUUGGGAGUAUUUUGAUUUAUAUUUACUUGGUUCUACUAAUUAAUGAGAAUAGUUGGAUUGUCGUUUUGUUUUGAAAACUCUUCAGGUUGUAGUAUGCUACUUCUUUUGUAAAAUGACCCGUGAAUGUUAAUAAAUAAUGUGAGUAA